CAUGAAAGGAAUUUUUUUAAAUUCAGAGUAAAACUAUAAUCUGUUUAAAACCUUGUUAUUUGUUUUAUUAAACCAAAUAAUAUUCUGCUUCUCGGCCUACUAAAAGGUGGUUUAGAUAUAGAUAGAUUAAGUUUGAAAUAUUUUCUUUCUCUGUUGUCCUCAGACUUCACUCUGCCUCUGUACUGGGACAACAUGGCUGAAGGUGAAACUCUGAAGAGGAUUGCACUGCAGCCGUCCUCUGCUGAGUACAGGACAGUGAAGGAGGGCUUCAAACGAACUGUCCAAAAGACUGUAAUGAGGAUCGAGCGCGUGCAGAACAUCCACCUGCGACGCACCUACGAAGCGCAGAAGAAGCACAUCUGUGAUAAGAACAAGCAGCAGGGCGGAGCAGAGGAGAAGCUGCUGUACCACGGGACGACCCAGGACAACUGUGACUCCAUCAUGAAAACUGGAUUCAACAGGCGCUUCUGUGGACAGAACGCAACUUCAUACGGUCAGGGAACCUAUUUUGCCGUACAUGCCAACUACUCAGCGAACCUCACCUACUCCAAACCAGCUGCUGAUGGUUCCCAGUUAAUCUUCAUGUCUCGAGUCCUGACUGGCUUCUAUACUCAAGGCCAAAGCGACAUGAAGGUCCCGCCUGCUCGCAGCCCGCUGCAUCCUCAUGACCGAUACGACAGCGUGGUGGACAGAAUGGACAUACCAAACAUGUUCGUUGUGUUUCAUGACAACCAGGCAUACCCGGACUACCUCAUCACCUUCAAGUAAAAGAGGAGGGAAAAAUGAUUUAUCUUUACUUUGUGUUACAAGUUAUAUCCGUGUAGAAAUACACAUUGUCAAUUAUUUUCAGUCGUUUGAUUCAUAAAAUGUGAAGAAAUGGGGAUCAGUGGUUCCCAGGUUUUCUUGCUAAAUUGAACUAAAAUUACAAUAUUAUUGGUUUUACCUGGACUAGAUUGAUUGAUAUGUUCAAGAUAAGCUAAAAAAUAAAAUAAAAUAAAAAUAUUUACAGCUUACUUUGACAAGGAUGACAAUAAAACUUGUUUUAAAAACAAGAUGAAGCUGAUUAAAUGUGAUAAACACUAACAAUGUGACACAGGACUGAGACUAAGGCUAAACUAACAAUGUUAUACAGUGUGUAAGAGUAUGUUGAAAGUUGGUCAAUCUAAGU